UAGCCUCUCAUCAAUAAUUUACACCAUGAUAGCCCUCCCGAAAACUUACAAGGCCUUCCGUCGCACGGUUGACACCACGCCCACCACACUCGAGCAAACCACCGAAGAGACUCCAGCAACACUUGGUCCAAACGAAGUCCUCAUCAAGAUUCAUGCAGUAUCUUUGAACUACAGAGAUGUAGCAAUGAUGCAUGGGAAGUACCCAGUUGAGGUCAUAGAUCACGGGGUCCCCGCCAGUGAUUGCGCAGCAGAAGUCAUGAAUGUUGAUUCUGAGGUCCAUGACUUCAAAGUUGGAGACCCAGUUGCUCCAAUCUUUGACAACUAUAAUUUCGACGGUUCAAGAGAUGAGACAGCAGUUUUAGGAGGUGAUAUAGAUGGUGUUUUGCGAGAAUACGCCGUGUUCCACCAGGACGUGUUGUAUCACCUUCCAAAGCAUCUUUCAUGGGAGGAGGCUUCAACCAUCACUUGCGCCGGUGUGACCGCAUGGACUGCUCUAGAUAUGCCGAGAAAUAAAGGAGCCGCUCUUCUUCAAGGCACGGGUGGGGUGAGCUCUUUCGCAUUGUUAAUAUGCUUAGGGGCAGGUAUAAAACCCAUCAUCACCUCUUCCUCGGACAAGAAACUCGACAUCGCAAAAGCAGCCGGAAAAGCGGGCGAAGUCGAAACAAUCAACUAUCGCACGUAUCCCAAGUGGGAAGAAGAGGCUAUCAAGCUCACGAACGGCCGCGGAGUUGACAUUGUGCUUGAUAAUGUGGGACCAACGCAAGCUACUCAGAGUCUCACUGCUCUCGCAAGAAGGGGUGUGUUUUCUUUGGUUGGAUUCUUAGGCGGUUUCAAAACGGAUCAGAUCCCAGAUCUGUUCUCUCCAACUCUGCAAAAGUCCUUGCUCAUAAAGGGAGUAGGGGUUGGUGACAAGAAAGACCACCAAGACCUUUGCGCCUUCUUGGAAGCGAAGAAAAUCAGUUUGAAAGGGAUUGUAGAUCCAGGCGUGUUUUCAUUCAAAGAUUCCCAGGCUGCAUUUGACGCACUCUAUGAUGGAACUAAGCACCAGGGUAAGAUUGUUAUCAAGAUCUAGGCUAUACUACUUCCAACAUAGACGGCAAGGUAGAGAUAUAAUCAG